AUGGCAAAUAUCUCCUUAGAGGUUUGUGGAAAAGUGGAUGAAGUCCUGAGUUCCUCCAUGGGUGUGAUGAGCCAGUGGAGUGAGAUCCAGCAGAUUUUGCUGGAUUCAGGGCUGGCUUACCAGCAGAAGUGCACCCCUGAUUUGUUCCUUUGUCAUCCCUUGAAUAGAGGUGGCACUGGAAUCAACCCUUUCAGCAUGCACAGAAAGGGGUCCACCAUCAUUGCUGCAGGUGCAGACAUGCAGCAGUUGGGUGGAAGUGUUGCCAUUGAAAUUUCCACUGAUGAGGGCACAAGGAAAUCCCAAAUUGAGUUCAACAAGAAAAUGGUUGUUGACUCAGAGAAUUUGAUGGCCAUGCCAACAGGCAAAGAGAGGUACCUCACUUGUGCCAAGGGCCACACCACUCAAUUUUGCAAGGCAAUUGUUGCUUGCUGCAAGACCUCAGAGUCCAGCAUUGCUGGGCCCAAUGGUCACUUGGGCAGCCAUUUGCUGAAGGACAAGGAGUUGGCCAAAAUGAUCCAUGAAGGCUGGCAGUGGACUAUUGUCAAGAAUGUGGUUGCUGAGAAGUGGCCAAGCCUUCCUUCAAUCAUUGAAAGUGCUGGAAACAGCUCCAACUCAACAUAUGAACUGCAAAAUGAGGUGCAGCUCAUGUCCAGCAUUGUGCUGUCCCAGAAAGGCAAGUUGCCAGGUGAGAUCAUGUAUACCAAGAGUGCUGUUGAUCUCUGCCAUGGAGGUGCACUUCAAGGAUAUGCAAAGCAUGUUGGCAAAUUUGUUCAGCUCUAUGGAGGCAAGGUUGUUUCGAAUUCAAGCAAGAAAGAGGGUGGGCAAGAAGGUCCCAUGAUCAAUUUCUUGGCUUACAUGUCCAAACGAUUUGGUGGCAACCCCAUUCUUGGAGAAGAAUUUAUGACCACAAUUGUUGACACCCAGUUUUCCAAGACCACUUUGCACCCCAUGGUCAAGCUUGCAUUGGUGGUGGCCAACUGCACUACUGACAAGGUGGUUGACUCAGUGGCCAAGCUCAUCACCAAAACAGAUGUUGCUGGCUUGAAACAGAAGAAGUAUGAAACCAAGAUCAAUGAGGUAGAGGCUUCUUUGACUAAGUUUUGGGACAAGGUCAACAAAACCCAGUUGGACCAGGCUGUGAUCUACAAGUUGUUUGGCAGGAGCUGUUGUAGAUAUGCACUCCAUCUAUGCAACAAAGAGAAACAGAGCAAGGAUGGCAAAGAAAAAACAAUGGAUGAAUUAGAAAUGCUUCAGAGUGAUGACUUAGCACAGGCAACAAGUGCAGGUGCUGCAGCCAGUACAUCCAAGCCUAGUGGUUCAGGCACCCAGGAUUCCAAGGAGGUAGCUUUUGACUUGCAGCAGGCAAAGAACCCUAUGUUCUUGGCAGCCCAGUUGUUGGACCUGAAGGUUGGCAACAAUUUCACUGUCAAAGACCAGCCAGCCAACAGAAUUUUCACCCUGGUUGCUGUAGAAGCUGACAAGGUGACCUUGGAGCAUGUCCCCUUACUGGAACCCACCAAGAAGAUCACCAUGAAUUUUCUUUCCACAGAGAUUGCUGCUCAUCUCAAAGCCACCAAGUCCAAGAUGCCCAAGCUCUUUACAAAUGCCCAGUUGCAACUGAUGUGGCCUUCCAACUCUGAUCCAUGCAUGGAAGAAACAGAGAAGUGUUCCCUCUUUGUUGUUCUCCAGGAGGCAUACAAUUUCCUGGAUAUGGAUGAGCAUGAAGUCAUGGUCCAAAGCACACCUCAUGCCAUGUGUUUUGCCCAGAAGGAUAUGAAGAAGAACUACAUUCAGCUGGUGCCAUGCCCUGAGAGGCUCCAGAACAUUGUGACAAAGAAGCCACCAGUCAAGAUCUUUGGGGAGGUUACCUUUCAGAUGAAGACCUACUACAUCACACCUAGCAAGGCUGUGAAGUGGGAUGAAACUAAGCAGGUUUAUGAGGGUACUAUGUGCCCAUUUUGGAUUUGCUCAAAAGAAGAUGAAGAAGGUUUGCUAGAGUUUAAGUGGAUCACCCACAGCCAUAAGCUGGGGGAUGUCAACAUCAAAGUCUUGACCAACAAUAGCCCUGUCUCAGCCCACUGCCAGCUGAGUUUGAAGGCACCACCCAAGGACAAAGAUCCAAUGGGCCCUCCUUUGAAGAAGCACAAGAAACAGUGA